UUAUUAUUAUUUUUUUUUUGGACAUUUUAAUUGAACUUGGUGAGAUUUACUAGUUUAUGUAUUUAUUCUCCUUUUUUGAACCUUUUACUAGGAUUUGUUGUAAGAAAUUUACCUGUUUCUGUUUUUUAUUUCCUUUUUUUGGGCAUUUUAAUUGAACUGGUUGAGACUUGCUGGUUUUUGUAUUUAUUUUCUCUUUUUUUGACCUUUUACUAGUAUUUGUUGUUAGGAAUUUACCUGUUUCUGUAUUUAUUUCCUUGUUUUGGACCUUUUAAUUGAACUUGUUGAGAUUUGCUGGUUUUUUGGACCUGCUAUUUGACUUUGUUGUUGAAAUUCACUGUUUUUUUUUCUCUUUUUCUGUACCUUUUACUUGAAUAUGUUGUUGAAAUUUAUUGGUUUUUGUACUUUUUACUUGAAUUUAUUACUGAAAUUUGUUUAUUUGUGGUACACAGUAUUUAAUCUUUUUUUGACCUUUUUCUAGGAUUUGUUUCUAGAAAUUUACCUGUUUCUGUAUUUAUUCCCUCUUUUUUUGACCUUUUAAUUGAACUGGUUGAGCCUGGCUGGUUUCUGUAUUAGUUUUCUCUGUUUUGGACCUGCUAAUUGAAAUUGUUGUUGAAAUUUACUGAUUUCUGUAAAUAAAAAAAUAAAAAAAAGAGUCUCCUUUCUGUACCUUUUACUUGAAUAUGUUAUCCAAAUUUAUUAGUUUCUGUACGUUUUUUCUCAUUUUUGUACCUUUUACUUGAAUUUAUUACUGAAGUUUAUUUAUUUGUGGUACGCAGCAUUUAAGCUUUUCUGAAAUUGCUGUCCUUUAAUUGUUUUCAACUAAAGCAUCACAAAGGAGAAGGGAAAAGAAGUGUUGGAUAGGCGAAAUGAAGGAGGUUUUGGAGAAAUGUGUGGAUUCGCAGCUAUGGCACGCCUGUGCCGGAGGAAUGGUGCAAAUCCCUCUGGUCAACUCGAAAGUCUACUAUUUUCCGCAAGGGCAUGCUGAGCAUACUCUUACAAACGUGGAUUUCUCGGCUUUACCGAGAAGCCCUGCGUUGUUUCUAUGUAGGGUAGCUGCUGUGAAGUUCUUAGCGGAUCCUGAAACGGACGAGGUUUAUGCUAGGAUUAGGCUUGUCCCAGUUGGGAACAAGGGGAAUGACCUUGAUGAUGACGACAUUUUGGGUAGUAAUGAGUCAGGAACAACUGAAAAGCCCAAUUCGUUUGCCAAGACAUUGACUCAAUCGGAUGCGAAUAAUGGGGGUGGAUUCUCUGUGCCAAGGUACUGCGCAGAGACGAUAUUUCCUAGGUUGGAUUACACAGCUGACCCGCCUGUGCAGACUGUGAUAGCCAAAGAUGUUCAUGGUGAAACUUGGAAGUUUAGGCACAUUUAUAGGGGGACUCCUAGGAGGCAUUUGUUAACAACUGGUUGGAGUACUUUUGUGAAUCAGAAGAAGCUUGUUGCUGGAGAUUCCAUUGUGUUUUUGAGGGCAGAAAAUGGUGACCUUUGUGUGGGAAUCCGUAGAGCAAAACGGGGCGGUAUUGGUGGGCCUGAAACCCCAACUGGAUGGAACUCUGGCGCUGGAAACUAUGGUGGAUUUUCUGCAUUUUUGAGGGAAGACAUGAACAAGAAUGGAAAUCUGAUUUCUUCUGUGGGGAGCUUCAGGGGAAAGGGAAGGGUGAGGCCUGAAUCAGUUGUUGAAGCUGCAUAUCUUGCUGCUGGUGGGCAGCCUUUUGACGUUGUUUAUUAUCCCCGUGCAAACACUCCAGAAUUCUGUGUUAGGGCAUCUUCUGUGAAUACUGCACUGAGGAUUCAAUGGUGCUCAGGGAUGAGGUUCAAAAUGGCUUUUGAAACGGAGGAUUCUUCUCGAAUCAGUUGGUUCAUGGGAACUAUAUCCUCCAUUCAGGUUGCUGAUCCCGUCCGCUGGCCCAAUUCGCCAUGGCGGCUUCUUCAGGUGACAUGGGAUGAACCUGAUUUACUGCAAAACGUAAAACAUGUCAGCCCUUGGCUUGUCGAAUCGGUCUCAAAUAUGCCAGUUAUUCACCUCUCACCCUUCUCACCACCAAGAAAAAAGCUGCGCCUUCCACCAGAUUUCUCGCUUGACAGCCAAUUUCAGUUACCAUCUUUUUCAGGUAACCCCCUCAGGUCCAGCAGUCCUUUCUGUUGUCUAUCUGACAACAUUACUGCAGGCAUACAGGGAGCCAGGCAUGCUCAAUUUGGAGUACCUUUAUUGGAUCUUCAUCUUAGCAACAAAGUACAGUCAGGACUGUUACCACCAAGUUUCCAGCGAGUUGCAGCUGACUUACAACUUCCUAAUGGCAUUAGUAAGUGCCAAAAUGACAGAAAUGAUAACAUCUCUUGCUUGCUUACCAUGGGUACUCCAAAUAAGAUAUUGGAGAAAACUGAUAGUGUGAACACACCUCGGUUCUUACUCUUUGGUCAGCCAAUUCUGACUGAGCAGCAAAUCUCUAAUGGCUGUUCUGUCAAUGCUCCAGUAGUCCAAAUAGGAAAGGACUUGGGCAGGAUACAACUGAAAAAUGAAAGAUUUUCUCCUGAGCAGAAAGGCGUUCAAGACUAUCUAUCAAAUUCCACAUUUUUCUGGAAUCGAGGUUAUCAUGCAGCUGAACUUGGUGUCGAUAUUGGUCACUGCAAAGUAUUCCUCGAGUCAGAGGAUGUUGGCCGUACACUUGAUCUGUCAGUUCUGGGAUCCUACGAAGAACUGUACAGAAGACUCGCAAGCAUGUUUGGACUAGAAAGAUCAGAUAUGCUGACCCGUGUGCUCUAUCAUGAUGCAACAGGUGUUGUUAAACACACUGGAGAUGAACCAUUCAGCGACUUUGUUAAGAGUGCAAGAAGACUGACCAUUCUGAUGAACUCAAGCAGCGGUAUUAAAAGGAAAUGGUUCACUGGUCUCGCAACUGCUGAGCGUGGUCUAGAUUCUUCAAACCAGGCAGGACCUCUUAGCAUCUUUGCAUAGAGUCGUCGGGAUUUGAUAGCCUGUGUGUAUAAGUACCUUUGUUUUGUAUUUGUUUCUUCAUAGUAGUGCUGAGGACAAUAUCAGUGGAACAUUGUGUUAGUUUCUGUAUGGAUAUUUUGAGUUGCUCUUCGUGUUCAAUGUGCUUUCUGUAAGAUUGACAGUUUGCGACAUCUUGCUAGCCGUGGUACUUUCGUAAUUUGUUGGUGUUAUUAAUCUGAAAGACAUGAAUAUGUGAGCUGCUGCA